GAUUUUGGACUGUGUAAGGAGGCUAUCGACUAUGAGAAGAAGGCUUACUCCUUCUGUGGGACGGUGGAGUACAUGGCUCCAGAGGUGGUUAACCGGCAGGGUCACACCCACAGCGCUGACUGGUGGUCAUUUGGAGUACUGAUGUUUGAGAUGCUUACGGGUUCUCUGCCAUUCCAGGGAAAGGACAGAAAAGAAACAAUGAAUCUCAUCCUGAAAGCGAGGCUGGGGAUGCCUCAGUUCCUGAGCACUGAGGCUCAGAACUUACUGAGAGCCCUAUUCAAGAGGAACCCUACCAACAGACUGGGAUCUGGACCAGAUGGAGCUGAGGAAAUCAAACGCCAUUCAUUCUUCAUGACGAUUGAUUGGAAUAAACUCUUUAGACGAGAAAUAAAACCUCCAUUCAAGCCAGCAGUGGCCAGACCUGACGACACCUUUUACUUUGACUCGGAGUUCACUUCUCGUACCCCCAAAGAUUCCCCAGGGGUCCCCCCCAGCGCAGGGGCUCAUCAGCUCUUCCGGGGCUUCAGCUUUGUUGCCACGGCGAUGCUAGAGGAGGAGGGCAAAGAAGAACCAUCUCAGCCCCCUCCACACCCUGUAGUACAGGUAAGUAAUCAGCUUCAGUGGGAUGCCCAGUGUGGUGGAACUAUCAACUGUAUUGUGCUCAGGCUGUUCUUAGCAUUUCCUUGCAAAUUCAUGAAGCCUUGUCUUGCUCAAAAUUCUUGA